UUUUUUUUUUUCUGUAUACAUAUACUAUGAAAUAUCGAUCCACUCGUGGUCAAGUUAAAGAUUAUACUUUUGAAGAAGCCGUCAUGGCAGGUUUGUCACCUGAUGGAGGUCUUUUCAUCCCUCAUCACAUUCCUUCUUUACCUGAUAAUUGGAGACAAGCUUGGUCUUCAUUGACUUUCCAACAAUUGGCCGUCGAAAUUCUUUCCUUAUAUAUUGAAGAUUCACAGAUCCCUCGGCCUGAUCUUGAAGAUUUGAUCCAACGAUCCUAUUCAACUUUCCGUCAUGAACAAGUCACUCCUCUCGCCAAAGUUAAGGAUGGAUUAUAUGUUUUGGAACUCUUCCAUGGUCCUACUUUUGCUUUCAAGGAUGUCGCUCUUCAAUUUGUUGGUAACUUGUUUGAAUACUUCUUGGAACGUCGUAACAAAGCUGAAACUGAAGGUGGAAAAACUCAUCGUUUGACUGUGGUUGGUGCUACUUCUGGUGAUACUGGAAGUGCUGCAAUCUAUGGUCUUCGCAACAAGAAGAAUGUAUCUGUUUUUAUCCUUCAUCCUAAUGGCCGAGUCAGUCCUAUUCAAGAAGCUCAAAUGACCACUGUUUUGGAUAAGAAUGUACACAAUCUCUGUGUCAAAGGUACCUUCGAUGAUUGUCAAGAUAUUUUGAAGAACUUGUUCAGCAAUCGUGAAUUCAAUGAUAAGCAUCACCUUGGUGCUGUUAAUUCCAUCAACUGGGCUCGUAUUCUAGCUCAAACUGUAUAUUACUUCCAAGCUUACUUUUUGUUAUUGCGAUCAUUGAAUAUCGAUCCCGCCUCUGCUGAAGCUGACAAGAUCAAGUUUGACUUUUCUGUUCCCACUGGAAACUUUGGUGAUAUCCUUGCUGGUUAUUAUGCUUACCGUAUGGGUCUUCCUACAAACAAAUUGAUUGUGGCCACCAACGAAAAUGAUAUUUUGUAUCGAUUCUUCAACACCAAUGCCUAUGAAAAACAAACUGUAGAUGGUAAUGCCAAGGAAACUUUAUCACCUGCCAUGGAUAUCUUGGUAUCAUCCAAUUUUGAACGUCUGUUAUGGUAUUUGGCUCGUGAUAGUGAAGCAGAUAAUGGUCGAACUGAAGUGGCAACUCAUGAUACUGUAUUGAACGAAACUCUGAGCGAUCAAGCUGGUCAAACGGUUGCGCAAUGGAUGAAUGAACUCAAGACCAAGGGUGUUUUCCGUGUAUCCGACAAGGCCGUGUUACACGCUCGUGAAAUCUUUGACGCGGCUAUGGUUACUGACAAGGAAACUGUAGAAGGCAUUCGUAACUAUCAACAAAAGCAUCAAUAUAUUUUGGAUCCUCAUACAUCUGUUGGUGUGGUGGCAGCCGAUCGUCUCACUGAACGUGAUCAUCUUUCAUUAUUACCUCAAGGCAAUGAAGUCAUGAUCUGUUUGGCUACUGCUCAUCCUGCCAAAUUCUCAGAAGCAGUUGAAAUGGCCCUCAAGGAUGAACAAGGUUUUGAUUUCCAAGCUCAAGUUUUACCCAAGGAAUUCAUUGGUUUAUUGGAUAAAGAACGAUCAGUGGUACACGUGGAUCAUGCCAAUCCUCAACUUGUGAUGGACGUGAUUGAAAAGGAAUUGAAGGCUGAAGGUGUUAUAUUCUAAUUUAUUAUUUAGAUUUAGUUUUAGAAUGUUUUUUGUUUUAGAUGUAUAUGUCUUGUACAACAUUUUUACCAGAUAAUAAUAAAAAAUAAUAAAAAAAAGGAAUAGUCUAUUUAUGUCGUAUGAUGAAUUGUUUGAUAUGAAUUUGAUAAAAGAG